AUGUUCAUGGCAAGAUCAGAAUACGAUCGGGGCAUCAACACCUUCUCCCCAGAAGGCCGCCUCUUCCAAGUCGAAUACUCUCUCGAAGCCAUCAAGCUAGGCUCCACCGCCAUCGGUGUAGCCACCUCAGAAGGUGUCAUCCUCGGUGUCGAGAAGAGAGUAACUUCGACGCUCCUCGAAACCUCAUCCGUCGAGAAGAUUGUCGAAAUUGAUCGCCACAUCGGCUGCGCCAUGUCCGGACUGCAGGCCGAUGCUCGCUCCAUGGUCGAGCACGCCCGAGUCGAAUGCCAGAGCCACGCCUUUAACUACAACGAGCCCCUGGGUGUUGAGAGCUGCACGCAGGCCAUUUGCGAUCUUGCCCUGCGAUUCGGUGAGGGUGCUGAUGGAGAGGAAACCAUCAUGAGCAGGCCCUUUGGUGUAGCUCUGCUGAUUGCUGGGUUUGAUGAGCAAGGACCUCAGUUGUUCCAUGCCGAGCCAAGUGGAACGUUCUAUCGCUAUGACGCCAAAGCCAUUGGCUCGGGCUCAGAGGGCGCUCAAGCAGAACUACAGAAUGAAUACCACAAGGUGAGGAUGCCCAAAUCACUGCCUCCUGCUCCUUUGCAUGGGAGCACAUUCGACACGUACUAA